ACCCAAGUAGUCUACCUGUGUUGCUAUUUUGCUCAUGAACACUUUUAGUGACGUUGCAGCAAGUGUGCGCGUUCUCGUGGAGCUUUUCCGGUGGCGUUUCCUGUGUUUGUAAACUGACUUGAGUGGGAAUAAAAGAGCGAAAUAGAGCAGAACUAAGAAAAGACAUUGCUGCCCCAUGAUAGAGUCCGCUGAGACUUGUGUGACACUUGGUCCAAACUGACGUCUCAUCUGCACAUCUCGCCUGUCUCUCAACCGCUGUCCUCCACCAUGUCACACAUACCCGGCAGCUCGGUCCGGGACCACAUGAAAUGGGCAGGGCUGUUGGGAUGUGAAGCGGUGCUGUCCAGCAUGGCUCUGAUGCAGGCCAGCUCCAUCGCCGCUCCUAAGAAAAUGAUGUCGCCGUUGGGUCCGGCUUCAGGCCACGGUUCAGCUCCGAGGGAUGCUCAGGACCGUGGGACGCAAGGACACAUGGUCUUACCAACGAGCAUGACCUGCCCUCCACUGCUUCUGCGGAAGGAGGCUGAUUUUACAGCUUCCCGACUGCUGGAUGGGAAGGAAGUGAGACCCGAUGAAGACAUGCAGCUGAAGAAAAAGAACAGGAAGUCAGGAACACCCUCAAAAGUGAGAGAGCAGGAGGGGCAAGCGGGGAAGGCGGUUGUGGAUGAAAAUGGAAAUUGUCCACUUUCAAAAGUGCAGAAGAACUUUAUCUGUGAUCACUGUUACGGAGCGUUCAGGAGCGGAUACCACCUGAAGAGACACAUUCUCAUUCAUACUGGAGAAAAGCCGUUUGCUUGUGCUGUGUGUGACAUGAGAUUUAUUCAGCGUUACCACUUGGAGCGACACAGCCUCACUCACACUGGAGUGAAGCCGUUUGCUUGUUCAGUGUGUGACAUGCGGUUUUUCCAACGCUACCACUUGGAGAGGCACAGCCUCACUCAUACGGGGGUCAAACCAUAUGCUUGCACCAUGUGUGACAUGAGAUUUUUCCAAAGAUACCACCUUCAGCGACACAGCCUCAUUCAUACGGGGGUGAAGCCGUAUGCUUGCUCCAUGUGUGACAGGCGUUUUUUCCAACGUUACCACCUGCAGAGACACAGCCUCACACAUACGGGAGUGAAGCCGUAUGCUUGUUCCAUGUGUGACAUGAGGUUUUUUCAGCGUUACCACCUGCAGAGACACAGCCUCACCCAUACGGGGGUGAAGCCAUUUGCUUGCUCAAUGUGUGACAUGCGGUUUUUCCAACGCUACCAUCUCCAGAGACACAGCAUCACCCAUACGGGGGUGAAGCCGUAUGCUUGUUCCAUGUGUGACAUGCGUUUUUUCCACCGUUACCAUCUUCAGAGACACAGCCUCACUCAUACGGGGGUGAAGCCUUAUGCUUGCACCAUGUGCGACAUGCGUUUUUUCCAGCGUUACCAUCUACAGAGACACAGCCUCACCCAUAUGGGAGUGAAGCCGUAUGCUUGCUCGAUGUGUGACAUGAGGUUUUUUCAGCGUUACCACCUGCAGAGACACAGCCUCACUCAUACGGGGGUGAAGCCGUAUGCUUGCUCGAUGUGCGACAUGCGGUUUUUCCAACGUUACCACUUGGAAAGACACAGCCUCACUCAUACUGGAGAGAAGCCGUUUGCUUGUGACAUGUGUGACAUGCGCUUCAUUCAGAGGUACCAUCUGGAGAGACACAAGCGUGUUCACAGUGGUGAAAAGCCUUACCAGUGUGAGCGCUGCCAACAGAGCUUCUCGCGGACAGACCGACUGUUGAGACACCGGCGACUGUGUCAGGGUCGUGGAGUGGCUAAAGUGGAGGCCCAGCCGUGCUCUUUCACCCAGGAUCCUCCCGCAGCCCCUCCUUCCACAUGGAGUCCUCUCCAUCCCGCCCCGGGACGCCUCGCUGUCUGACACCGUCCUCUUUAGACGACAGCACACCCAGACCUCUCUCAGAUCCACUGGCACCGUGGCUCCACCUGCUGACAGAGAGAUAUGCUACAGACAGGAAGAGCGGAAAUCCUCCUCUCUUGUUUCUUUGUUCAGAAACGAACAAGGUUGUUUGAACAUUGAGGGUUGUUUUAUACUUUUUGGUAAUAUAUUGUGGUGUACUUUUAAGAGGUGAGGAACAAAAAAACACACCUAACAUGAGAAUUUCAUGUUACUAACCAAAACAAAAAACAUAAAAAAGGUACAACCCAUCAUCUAUUGACUGACAUACAUUGAUACUUACUAUAUGUAAGAUGUAACAGCAUUGUGUGAUGUAUAGGCCUGCUGUAAAGUGC